AUGGCGGGAAUGGAGUCAAUCUACUCGGCUACAUACAGCAGUGUUCCGGUGUACGAAUUUAAAAUUGAUGGUGAUAGUGUGAUGCGACGGAGAGGCGAUGACUGGGUCAAUGCAACACACAUCCUGAAGGCAGCCGGUUUUGAUAAGCCUGCCAGAACACGCAUUCUCGAACGAGAGGUACAGAAGGGAGUGCAUGAAAAAGUGCAAGGAGGUUACGGCAAAUAUCAGGGAACAUGGAUUCCUCUCCCAGAGGGCCGGAUGCUUGCGGAGCGCAACAGCAUAUUUCACAAGCUAGCCCCCAUCUUCGAUUACUCCCCCACCAGCUCCGAAACACACGUCGGCUGCUUCGAAGCCGAGGGCUCCACGAAAAUCUACCAAUCGUUCUGCUGCGACCGAGAUAUUCAAUGUGGUUCAACCGCAGCGAAGCAUGGGCCCCCGGCCACUAUCCCGCACGAACAAUACGAAAUGAAUGCUGGAUUUGAUGAUAACGAAUCCCUUGAACAAGCGACCAUUGAGUCGUCAUCCAUGGUUGCAGAUGAAGAUAUGCUGCAGAUGUCUCAGCACGGAGGACGCAAGCGCAAGCGUGGUAUGAAUGAGGCGAAUGUCAUGUCUAUCAGUGAGCAGGAGCAUAUCAUUUAUGGUGAUCAGCUCCUGGACUAUUUCAUGACUGUGGGUGAUGCUCCACAAGCUACCCGCAUUCAACCUCCAGAGCCCCCGGCUCAUUUCCAAAUCGACCGACCCAUCGAUGAUUCUGGGAACACGGCCUUGCACUGGGCCUGUGCGAUGGGUGACUUGGAUAUUGUGCAGAACCUCCUUCGUAGGGGUGCCAAUGUAAAAGCAUUAUCAGUUCACGAAGAGACACCGCUUGUUCGAGCUGUUUUGUUCACCAACAACUACGAGAAGCGAGCCUUCCCUGCUCUGUUGGAUGUUCUGCUGGACACCAUCUCUUUCCGAGAUUGGUUUGGGGCUACGCUUUUCCAUCAUAUCGCCGAAACCACUCGCAGCAAAGGAAAGUGGAAGAGUUCCAAGUACUACUGCGAGGUUCUUCUGGACAAACUGUGCAAGACAUGUUCUCAGGAGGAGAUAGAUCUAUUGCUUUCAUGUCAAGAUGACAAUGGCGACACUGCCGCUCUGGUGGCUUCUCGCAACGGUGCAUUCCGCCUGGUGAACAUGCUGCUCAACCACUGCCCUCGGGCUGGCGAUUUGAUGAACAAGAAAGGAGAGACAGCCAACAGCAUGCUUCAACGUUCUCACAAUGUCGACCAAGAUAUCCCGCCCGCCCCGUCGUCUGCUACCAUGGCCAACGACCAUCUGGAUGGUGCAGGCGGCGAUCUCAUGUCGGGUCGUCAAUCUAUGGCCCCGCCAGUAGAUUCCGCUGCCACCUCCGACCUGCUGUCAAAGAUUGGCACAAUCAUGGCUGAGGCCAACAAGAAGCUCGCAGGAACCUAUGGUAACUUCAAGGUAGAACAGCAAGAUUCCCACGAUGUUGCCAAUCCCGAAGCACUGUUCGAACAGCUUGAAACGGAUCGUCAGAAGAUCCAGAAGCAAGUCUCAGCCCUCGCCGCCAAAGAGGCAGAGUACGAGCCCAGUGAUAGCCAGAUGGGGCGAUAUGAGAAGCUGCGGGCCAGCUACGAGUCUCUACUCGAGCAGACACACCACGCUGCUCUUUCCCCCCAACUGGCUGAUGCAGGUCCACUUUCAUCCGCUACGGAUGCGUCCUCACUUGGACCCGAAGAGCUCCUGCACCGCUACCAACUCGCACGCGAGCUGUGUACCGCCCAGAAGACGCGCCGCGACACAGUGAGAGCUCUGGCGCAGCAAACAGCCGACGCAGGUGUGAGUACCAAGUUCGACGUGCACCGCAAACUCGUGGCUCUAGCUACGGGGUUGAAGGAAGAAGAGCUUGACCCAAUGGCGGCCGAGCUGGCAGAGACACUGGAGUUCGACCGAAUGAACGGCAAGGGUGCAUCUCCGGACCCAGAGCGACGGAUACGGAAUGAAGCAUCUACUCUCCCCUCGGGUCCCGUUGUGCCCGUGGAUGCCUAA